AUGAGGAAGGGUAUAACUACUGAUGCAAUUUCAACAAGCUCUCUUCAUUGUCAACGAUAUCUCCGCACCAUCUCAUUCUCUCAGAAUCCAGAGAUUACAAGAAGAGUACUCCGGGUUCUGGACUUGAGUAGCACUGCCAUCUCUACACUGCCAGAAUGUGUUGGGAAAUUAAAGCUUCUUAAGGUUCUGAAUUUGUCUAAUACAAAGAUCAGGGAGGUGCCAGAUUGUGUUAGAAGACUCAAGUGUCUUGAGUAUCUUGAUGUUUCUGAAUGCACUAGCAUACAAUCUGUACCUGACUGGAUAGGUGACCUCAAAUCUCUUUCCUAUCUCAAUUUAAAAAAUUGUUCAAAAGAACUUACUAGAAAUUAUUUACCCAAGGGAAUAUCAAGUCUUUCGAGUCUGAAAACACUGAGAUCAAGAGCCUUCCCACUCCCUGCUGAAGAAAAUGAAUUUUUAAAUGUUAAAGACCUCGGUAAUCUGACCAAUCUCCAUGAAAUAUAUUUUUUUUUAGAAGAUGAAGGGGGAUUGAGAAGUGUAGAAGAUGGUAGCCUUGAGCGUCUGGUGAAAAUGAGAAUUCUUUGUGUAGGAAAUGGCAUUCUUGCAAGGGAGGGUGAUAUAGAAGAAUCCAAUCUUCCAGCAUUACCAGAGAAAAUGAAUAUUAUGAAAGAUCUUCAACAUCUUUUUCUUAUUCGUUUCUCCGUGCCAAAUUGGAUAUGUAGUAUGGGAAAUCUCAUAGAACUUACAUUCUAUGACUGCAGUGGUUAUCCAUCUCUCGAAACCAUGCCCAACUUACAAUCAUUAUGGUUGGUUAAAGAUUCGAGAUGCAGAGAAUUGCCAGAGAAGUUUGGAGAGAGUGGGGGAUUCCCUAAGCUGGUUAGGCUGAUGAUUAAUGAGUUCCCUCUUUUGGAGGAGUUGCCGGCAUUGGAGGAGGGAGCCAUGCAACGCCUGGAAGUGCUAUGGAUAUAUAAUUGUCCACGGGUGAAGAAAGUUCCAGAGGGAUUGGACUUGUUGAGCAGACUGAAGGCGAUAGACGUGGAGCAGGCAAGCGGUGAGUUGGAGGAGAGGCUAAAGGAAGGCGGGGAAGAUUGGUUGAAAAUCAAGGCUAAUAAUCCCAACAUCGAGAUCUCCUAG